GUCCAGGCUCUCGGGUAGGUGAGAACCCUAGUCGGGCAGGGCCCCAGCAGGAAACAUGGCCACGCCCUCCUCUUCCUGCCUCAGCUUGCCCAAGCCCCUCCCACUGCAGAGGAGGCCUGGGGGAGGAAGCCGGAAUGUGGCAUCAAGUGCUUUGUGCUGAAGGAUCAAACUUUGGAUCCCUCUCAGGCUCCUGUCCACUCUGAUCUGGAGCCAUCCACUAGUCCCUCAGCCUCUGUGUUCUCCCCUUUCCCUGGGGACAUCUGCAUUUGGUUGUUCGGCAACCACGGGGCCCCUGUGUUGGCAUUCAUAUUACACAAACCACACUUAAUGUGAGAUGAGAAUGGGAUCCCAGGUUUGCCCCUUGAUGGCUGCAUGGCACUGGGUGAGUCCUGUCACCUCUCACCUCAUCUGUAAAAUGGGACCAAUGCUGGUGGCCAGCUCUUAGAACAUGAUGAGGAGAGGAUCAGGAUAGGACUUGCCCAGAUCUUGUAGAAGACUCUAGGACUCCCAUUUCCCCAUAGAACCUCACAGCAGAUGCCAGACCAGAGGUGGGCCACUCCCAUCUGAGGUUUCACACUUCUGGGCUCUGUGGCGAGGGUCUGCCCCUCCAGGGCUCUGAACCGCUUUCCUCUGUGAGAUGAAGGUAAACAACGUCUCCCUUUGAGGGCUUGGGGUGUGGGGAGAACAUGGCUCGCACAGUAGGUGUGCAGGCCAUGUCCCCACAGCAGGGUUCCAAAGCCUAAGACCCAUCAGUGACCCUGAGGAGGGAUUCGAAGAAAAGUUCAGAUUUCUGGGUUCAUUUGAAAAACUGGAAAAUUCUGGGAAAAUUGUGCCUCCCUUCCCACUUGCUCCAGAGUGAUUUCACAUCCACACAUGAAGGUUUUUCAGGUUAGGGGGAGAUGUGUUAUUGGCCUCUGGCGCUGAGGGGAAACUCAAAUGACUGGGGAUUUACUAAGGGUUUCCUGGGGCAAGGACAGGGCAGGGGUUUCCUGGUCCUGCAGGACAAGAGGCAGAUCCAGAGCCCCAUUCCUGGGCAUCCGCCACCCAGCAUGAGCCAGGUCCUGGACUGGGUGUUGUGGGCCCUGCUGGGAGCAGGGGAGCAAUCACAUGGAGAUGGCCUUCUGCUCUCAUGAUGCAAUGUGAUGGUAAUCCUAAUGGACUGAGGAAGCCAGAGCAAGCCAGCAGGGCAGGGAAGGCACCAUCCAAGGCAGUGGUCUUUGAGCUAGCCCCAAAGCAUGAGCAGGAUUUUGCCCAGUAAGUAGGGGAUAUUGAGGACAUAUAAAGCAGGGAGAAUGCCACAGUCAGAGGCUUGGUGGCUUUAAAGUACGGGAUUAGAUUGUGGCUGGAGGGUCGCUUUCCUGGGGUGGGGAUGGUAAAGGUGGUCUCACUGUGUGGCCUCAGACAAGUCACUUCACCUCUUUGAGCCUCAGGUCCUCAUCUGUAAAAUGAGGCUGGGGUACCCGUAUAUGCCAGUGAAGGCUGGACGUCUGCACACUUAAGCCAAACCCCUUCAGCCAGGAGGGGAAUUACUUAGUGAGACACACAGCGAUUGUGACAGGACUGUGUGCAAAUUAAAUGGCAUGAGGUAAAGGCUGGGGUGCAUCUAGCUCUGCGUUCAAAAAUGGGGGAUUCGGCACAGCUGGAGAUGUCACAAGCAGCUUCCUGUAAAAGGUGAGAUAGGAACAGAGCUUCAAACGGCCGAAAAGUGAAAUGGAUUGGCAGAAAGGAAAAGAGAGGGCAUCCCAGGCAGGCAGUCUAGCCUGAGCAAAGGCGGGAAGGUGGCAGGGAGAGAAAGCCAGAGGAAGCACCACCAUGGUGUGAGAGGGGGCACUGGGGAGAGGCGAGCCUGAAAAGUUUGGACAGGAAGAGCUUGUUAAGUGCAGCCCCAAAACCAGGCUUCCAUGCAGUUGGCAGUAGGGAGCCAUUGUAGGCCCUAUCCAUAAGGACAGGCAGGCAGUAAUCUAACAAAUAUGUAGGUGCCUUCGAAUGUGGGGAGAGUUUUUAAAUUUAAUUUAAUUUUAUUUUAUUUUUAGACGGAGUCUUGCUCUGUCGCCCAGGCUGGAGUGCACUGGCGCAAUCUUGGCUCACUGCAACCUUCACCUCCCGGGUUCAAGCAAUUCUCCUGCCUCAGCCUCCUGAGUAGCUGGGAUUACAGGUGCAUGCCACCAUGCCUGGCUAAUUUUUGUAUUUUUUGUAGAGACAGGGUUUCACCAUGUUGGUCAGGCUGGUCUCAAACUCCUGACCUUGUGAUCUGCCCGCCUGGAUCUCCCAAAGUGCUGGGAUUACAGGUAUGAGCCACCGUGCGCGGCCAUGGGAAGGGUUUUCAAAUUGCUUUUAUGUGGUGGGGAAAACAAAAGGUUGAAGGAGACAUUGGAGGUAAAGGAACAGUUGAUGAUAAGGAACUGGUUAAAGACAUAACCUUGUAUAUCCACACUUAUUCUCAUGCACAUGUAAUUUUUAACUGUGAUGGAUAGAGUUUGGCGUUCCGGGGAACAUCGAUAGCACUGCAUCAUGAACUUGCUCUUGUGUUGCUUAGAGAUCUGCAAACAGACGGCUCAGGUCCAUCUUCAGUCAUUGUGUUGCACAGUGAUACUGAUCCUUGCUGGUCUAAACAUUGCCAUAAACAUGUCUGUUCCCCAAGCUGAAAGGGGGUUUCUGAUUCUAAGGGAACAAAAGGUUUUCUGGCUUAAAAGACUGAAGACAUAGUCUUUAUAAUAGCUUUCUUUAAAAAUUUCAGUGGGUUAUAAUGCAUAGGGUUUUUAAAAAAGAGCUAAUGUGCAAUAUAUACAAUAGUCUAUCCUCCUGACCCACUUCUCCCUUCCAGUUCUCCCUAAGGACAACAAUUGUUAAUCAGUUUCCUGUAUACCCUUCCAGAAAUAUAUGCAGAUGUGGCAUAUGUCCAAUUAAAGAAACCUGAUACAUACUGUUACACCUGUUCAGCAUCUUGGUUUCAAUUUUUAUAUAAAAUUUAGGAUUAUGAAAUAUACCAAAGCAGCAUAGAAAAUGAGCCCCCCAUCCCCCUGCCCCAUGGCCCACCACACAUGUUAACAUUUUGCAUUGGCGCCUUGUUUAUGGCUGUCUUGGAGGUAGCCCCGUGUCGCCUCCAGCUGCCUCUUUGUGGUAACUGCCCAAGAGUCGUUAUUGAUUAUAUGCAUGCACCCAAUAUUCAUUAUUCGACCUGUUCCAGCUCUUGGAUAUUUAGGAAAUUACUGAUUUUCGGCUUAUAUAAUUGUGGUGGAGUUAAUACCCCAUUUUGUAUAAAUUUUGCCCGGGUGGGUGGGCUUCGAGGCAAAGGAGAACGAGGCUCGGCUUUGGAUUGGGUUCACAUUCCUGCUCCGCCACGCUUCUAGUUGUGUGAUCUGGAGUAAGGGAAGGCCCUCACUUUCCCCAUCUGUAAAAUGAACUGGCUAUAGUAAUCCCUCCGUCUCAUAGCUGCUGAGAGGAAUAGAAAACUAAAGUAUGGAGGCUUCACUGGGCUUAGUUCCCAGUUUCCCUGGCUAGGGAGGUCUCCGCGGGGACACCAAACUCUCAAGCCCAGCCUAGCAGCUAGAGCGCCCGGCGCCUGCAGUUUUGCUUUAAACUACAACCUGUUCCCCGCCUCUCUUCCUCUGCCGCCACGCUGGGGGCGGGGCGGUUAAAUGUCUCCGUGACGUCAGCGCGAGCAGGGCCAAUCUCCCUGCCCGGCAGGCGUUAGCUCGUUGGCAUGGGUGGCCCGCCAUUGGUCUGUUGGGCAAUCUGGGCCGUCCCAGCUUUUUAAAGACGCCGUGUAGUAUAAACAAGGAGAAGUGGGGCGGCCGGGCCAUGAUGUCAGCGCGGUGCUGCAGCUCUUGGGGGUGACGUCAUCUCCGGGAAGGUGGCCGGCCCAGGGUUGUUAGAGCCAGCCUAACCACUUGGGCCGGUUUGAGGCCGCUCUCGCCCCGUCAGAGGUCAGACCCAUUGCACUUCAGUAUCUCAGGCAGCACCCUGUCCCCGAGGAGGGGACCAUGACACAGGUUGUGAGUCCCGGCCCAGCCCCUCCACCCCCCUGCCCCCCUGAUGCGACCAUGGGCUCUGGCAGUGACUAGGUGGCCACCCUCCGCCCCCGUGGGUCAGCGGCGAUUCUCUGCGGGACCCGGCAGCACCCCGGGCCAGCUCUGGGGAAGCCCUGGCCUCGAGGGCCCCCUGGCCAGCCCGCCUGCCCGGGAUGAGCGCUUACCCUCCCAGCAGCCGCCGUCCCGACCUCCACACCUCCCCGUAGAGGAGCGCCGAGCCUCGGCUCCUGCCGGCGGGAGCCCCCGAAUGCUGCACCCCGCCACCCAGCAGAGCCCGUUCAUGGUUGAUCUCCACGAGCAGGUGCACCAGGGACCUGUCCCUCUGUCCUACACGGUCACCACAGUGACGACCCAAGGCUUCCCCUUGCCUACAGGCCAGCACAUCCCUGGCUGCAGUGCCCAGCAGCUCCCAGCAUGCUCCGUGAUGUUCAGCGGGCAGCAUUACCCCCUCUGCUGCCUCCCGCCCCCGCAGCUUAUCCAGGCGUGUACCAUGCAGCAGCUGCCUGUACCCUAUCAGGCCUACCCCCACCUCAUCUCCAGUGACCACUACAUCCUGCACCCCCCACCACCGGCCCCACCCCCCCAGCCCACCCACAUGGCGCCCCUGGGGCAGUUUGUGUCUCUGCAGACCCAGCACCCUCGGAUGCCCCUACAGCGGCUCGACAACGACGUGGACCUGCGUGGGGACCAGCCCUCCCUGGGUAGCUUCACCUACUCCACCUCUGCGCCUGGCCCAGCCCUUUCCCCGUCGGUGCCCCUGCACUACCUGCCCCACGAUCCGCUGCACCAGGAGCUGUCUUUUGGUGUGCCAUAUUCUCACAUGAUACCACGGAGACUGAGCACCCAGAGAUACCGCCUGCAGCAGCCACUGCCCCCACCGCCGCCACCACCACCCCCACCACCCUACUACCCCAGCUUCCUCCCCUACUUCCUCUCGAUGCUGCCAAUGUCACCAACAGCAAUGGGGCCCACCAUCAGCCUGGACCUGGAUGUGGAUGACGUGGAGAUGGAGAACUAUGAGGCCCUCCUGAACCUGGCCGAGCGGCUGGGAGAUGCCAAGCCCCGGGGCCUCACCAAAGCAGACAUAGAGCAGCUCCCGUCGUACCGCUUUAACCCGGACAGCCAUCAGUCAGAGCAGACGCUGUGUGUGGUCUGCUUCAGUGACUUCGAGGCGCGGCAGCUGCUCCGAGUCCUCCCCUGCAACCAUGAGUUCCACACCAAGUGUGUUGACAAGUGGUUGAAGGCCAACCGGACAUGUCCCAUCUGCCGGGCCGACGCCUCCGAGGUGCCCAGGGAGGCUGAGUGAGGCCACACAGCCGCCUGCCCGGGAGAACCCUGCCUGAAGCUCUGGAAACUUGUGGGUGGGGCCCAGGGAGGAUGGGGAGGGAGUGGCCCAGGCCUGCCCCGUCGCUCCCGCCUGCAUCUCCAGAGCUGGUGCCAGGGUCAGCCCGGUGAGGAGUCCCUGCAAUAAGCCCCUGCAUUUGCCAAGCUCCAAAGACUCCCUCCCUAGUCUUCCUGCCUGCCCGCCCGCCCGCCACGGAGCUGCCUGAGUGUCCCUGAUCGGGUCUCCCUCCUGUGCACCCUCAGGUCCCUCCUUUUCCUGCUGGCACUGAGAGCCAGGGGUCUGCUCCCUCGGUGGGGCCGGUGGAGAUCCUUGGCCCCAGGAUGGGCAAGACAGAGCACCAUCCUGGGUCAGAAGGUCUCAUGCUCUGAAAUGGUGUGCCCUCUGCCCAGGUGGCACUGCCAGGUGCGUAGACAGACGGUGUCACGAGCCAUUUCCUGAGCCCCAGGGCUGAAUCCUCCCUCCUUGACCCCAAACAGUGAACUCAGGCAGCCGGCUCUGUGUUGGCUGCUGUGAGGGCUGAGUCUGGCUCCCUAGGGGACCCUCAUCCCAGGCACAACAUUCCAGCCCCACCCUCAGGCUGGAGGGCGUCCCAGCCUAAUCCCGAGCUGGGCACACACGUAUCCUGAGGGGCUUGGGCCAUACGGGGAGAGGAGCCCUGUGUUCCCCGGUGGCUGUCCCUCCCAGGGAUGCAGCCAGACCCGUGCCCAAUCUCCUCUCCCUCUGUCGUUUUGCAUGAACGUGAGGAGCAGCAGUUUUUGUUUAUUCAUUUGGCCCAAAAUCGCGUGUAGGAUUUGGGGAUGUGGAUAUUUAAGACAAUUUCUUUUUUCUUUUGGUUUAAUAGGGGCGGGUAUAGGGACCAACUGGGACUGAGUGCCCAGGGGGCCGAGCACGGUCGUGCUGACUGGCCUGCAUGCAUGCGUGUGCUGGGCUGGGCUGGGCAGCCGGCGGUCGUUGGGCAGGGUUGGGGGUCUGUGCUCAGCUGAUAACUGCCAUGCACUGUACUGCACACGUCCCUAGAGCCUACCGGGACCCGACGCUUUUCAGGGCAUUUCUCCCUCCAGCCAGGGCCCAUCUCCCACCUGCCUGGGCGAGUCUCCUCCAAGGAAGUCCCAGGAGGAUGGGGUCCAGGAAGGCUGUGGGCCCCCACCUCCAGGGGGCCUUCCCAGCCUGAUCCCUGUCCUCCAAGUUCUGGAGGAGGCCGCUGUAGGGUCUGGCUGAGCUCCCCACCCUCUUUCCCUGGUCCCAAUCCUUUCUUGUCCUAUACCCAGCUGGGGUUGCUGCCCUGAACGAACUGCGUGUGGGGCCGGCACAUCCUAGCAGGCAGCCCCUGGCGCCUGCUGCCUCAGGGAUGCUCCAACCACCCUCGUUCUCCCCGCAGCGGCCCUGGCUCCCACCUCCCGCCCCAGCCUGCCGUGGGGCCUGUCAGCCUGGUCCCACCCCCAUGGAGAACCCAAAGUCUUACUGUAUAUAACUCCAGGUGACGUUUCUAUAUUUAUAGCAGUGUUGAAAACCCACGUGUUUUACACAGAACCACCCUCUCCAACCCCUCCCUUCCCAACCCCAACAAAACGUUUUCAAACCCCUUACAGUUCCUGGGGCAGGCGGAAACAGGCUCACAGAUUGUGUGUCGGCUGCAGCAGUGAUUCCAACAAGCAGCUAUUGGGGGGGGAAACACAGCAUUUUAAAAAAUCAUCAUUAAAAAACAAGAUUUAUACAACAAUUACUUAGGAUGUUUGUGAUCUGCCGACCUUGCUAUAGAUGCCAUGUUACCAAUGAUUUCCUGUGGUGGGGGCUUGCCAUUGUUUACUCUUUUAUUUACCAACUUCUGGCCUAGGCAUGACAGUGGGCACCUUCCCCCAGCCCCGGCUGGGCCCAGCGCCUGUGUUCUGUGUUAGAAAGGUUUUAUAUAUAUAUAUAAAAUUACAUAUAUAUGUAGAAAUAUAUGUAAUUUUGGGGGCCCUGUUCCUUGCACAUUUUACAGUUACCUCAUUUUUCCCAUGUAUGUAUUUGAGAAAAUGCUAAUAUAUAGAGAAAAAAAUGGUUCUUAAAGCUUAAAUGUGUGGUUUUUUCCAUUCCAUGGGAUUCACGUUGGUUUGUAGCAUUUAACAUAACUAGUAUGUUGUAUUAUAUAUAUGUGUAUACUGAUUGAAAUUUUUAACAGAUUUGUACUUUUUUUAAAAUGAAAGUUGCUAGUUCUGCUUGACCAAGUAGUGCAAUCAUUAUUUUUUUUAAUAUUGUUGCUGAUUUCAGAGGGAUAUUCACUAAUAAAUGUAUGAUGUAUACCAACGACCA